AUGGCGUCCGAGAAAGAUGAUAUCGAUCCCGUCAGUGUUGACGCUGCUCAAUCUUCCGCGGCAGAGAGUGAUGGUGAAAAUGGGACGGUAGCAAAUGUCUUUCAGAAUGCGAAAGCGGCAGCAGAUAAAGAACACAAUAUGACACUACUGCAGGGUAUAAAGCUCUAUCCAAAGGCAGUCGCAUGGAGCGUCCUGAUUUCCACUUGCAUCGUCAUGGAAGGUUACGAUAUCAGCUUGAUCAGCAACUUCUACGCUUUCAAACAAUUUAAUCAGAAGUUCGGAGUGCGACUAGAAGAUGGCUCAUAUCAAGUUCCAGCACCGUGGCAAGCCGGUCUCAGCAAUGGUGCAGCUGUAGGCGAGAUAUUCGGUUUAUUCCUCAACGGAUGGUUGUCGGAACGGUUUGGCUAUCGUUGGACAAUAUUAGGGUCACUUGCAUGGUUGACUGCCUUUAUAUCACUGUUCUUCACCGCCGACAACGUGCAAACGCUCCUUGCUGGCGAAAUCCUCUGCGGCAUUCCGUGGGGCUUAUUCCAAACCCUGACCAUCACCUAUGCCUCUGAGGUUUGCCCGGUAGCACUGCGUGGUUAUCUAACUACAUAUGUUAACUUUUGCUGGGGUCUCGGACAGUUUAUUGGCAUUGGAGUUAUCAGGUCGAUGUUGAAUCGAACAGACGAAUGGUCCUUCCGGAUACCCUAUGCACUUCAGUGGAUGUGGCCGCUCCCUCUCGGAAUUGCAAUAUUCAUGGCCCCGGAAUCGCCGUGGUGGCUGGUCAGGAAAGGUCGUAUUGCAGAUGCCAAACGCUCUCUUCUCCGGCUGACUAGCCGAAACGAUGAGACGGGUUUUGAUGCCGAUGAGACCAUAGCCAUGAUGGUCCAUACGACUGCCUUGGAGGCUAAAAUAACCCAUGGAGCCACCUACUGGGACUGCUUCAAGGGAACCGAUCUUCGGCGAACGGAAAUUGUAUGCAUGGCUUGGGCAAUGCAAAAUUUAAGCGGCAACUCGUUCUCCAACUACUCGACGUAUUUCCUGGAGCAGGCGGGCCUAUCGACUUCUCAUGCGUACUCGUUUGCCAUGGGCCAGUACGCUAUAAAUAUGAUUGGAGUUUUCGGUGCUUGGGGGCUGAUGUCCGUCGGUAUUGGACGAAGAACUCUCUAUCUCUCUGGAUUGUGUGGACUCUGCGCUAUGCUUAUGAUCAUGGGCUUCCUUGGCCUCGUACCGCAGUCACACAGAAACGCGGGAUCCCUUGCCACGGGGAGUAUGAUGAUUGUUUGGGCAUUGUUUUAUCAGCUUUCCGUCGGCACAGUCUGCUACUCCCUUGUCUCCGAGCUCUCGACGCGAAGGCUACAGAUAAAGACCAUCGUGCUAGGCAGAAACUUGUACAACGUUGUCGCCAUUAUAUGUAACGUCUUAACGCCGUUCAUGCUGAAUCCUAGCGCCUGGGACUGGGGCAAUUAUGCCGGUUUCUUCUGGGGCGGUGUUUGCUUCUGCUGCGUCGUAUACACCUAUUUCCGUCUCCCCGAGCCACAGGGCCGAUCCUUUGCAGAGUUAGACGUCCUAUUCGAGCGUGGGACUAGUGCUAGGAAAUUUGCGUCUACCCAGGUUGACGUCUUCGGAGAAGAGGUGGCAACUAACGUGAUUGACAGUUAUAACGAGAAAGACUCAGGGCAGAUUCGGGCUUAG